CGCCCGGGCAGGCGAGACGGCUCUGAGCGCCGCAGCCCGACGCCGGCUGGCCUGGCCCGGAGGGAGGACCGGCGAGCCCCGCGCAGCCCUGGCCCGCCCUCGCCGCCUCCCGCUCCCUCCGCGGCCGAGCCCUUCGCAGCCUCCCCGGCCGGGAACAAUCGCCAGCGGCGGACCGCUGCGCGCCGCCGCCGCUCUCGGGUUUCUGCUCGCAGCCGCGGAGACAAAGGAAAGGGCUGCAGCCUCCGCCCGCCGGACGCCCGACGGCUCUCGCAGGCGCGGCCGCCCCGCUCGCCAAGAUGCCCCGGCUGGUGCCCGCGGCGCCCUGCGGCCGGGCAGGGCUGCUGGCGCUGCUGCUCCUCCUGCUGGCUGGCCGCGCCGCCCGGGCUCAACGUUGGCACAAUGAAGAUUACGAACGACCCAUUGACCUGGAAGGCUCUGGAGAUGAUGACUCCUUUGAAGAUGAAGAAAUUGAAGAAACAGAUGAGAUCUACUCUGGCUCCGGCUCAGGAUAUUUUGAACGGGAGUCUGGGAUUAGGACAGCUGUGCGGCUUACCACGGACACUUCUGCUGGACUUUCUACAACCCCAGCAGUGUUGCCUGUCACGUCAGUACAGCCUGUAGCAACUCCCUUUGCACCAUUUCCCACGGAGGAAACCACCUACGAUCCAGCUACCAGUGGCCUCUAUGUCACCAGAGCAACUGAGGCACCAGCAGUCACCAUCUGGAAAGCGGUUACCACUACAGCCAGCACCACAGUCCGAGACACCACAACUAUCACGGCCUCCACCACCACAGCAUCCACUACAACUACCACUUCUAAGCCCACAACCGUCCUGAGAGCCCUGCCACCCUUUAUCACCAUUGUUGCCACAACACAGGCUGUUACGCUUGAAACGCCGACAGUUGCCACUGCAGCACCCAGUAUGGAAGCCACCACAGCUCCUCUGGUGACCACCAGCUUAACUAAAAUCAGAGCAGUGCCAAAGCCGAGCCCAUCACAAGAUCCAGAUGUCAUUGAGAGAAGCACUGCGUUGCUGCAGCCCACGAGUACAGCAUCACCUUCAGAAUCAACGCAGACGGAGCCUCUGGAUGUGACCCUUUCCCCUGCGCUGAAUAACGAACUGGAAGUCCCUGUCAGCGGAGAUUUUGAAAUCCAUGAGGAGGAGGACACGACUCGGACAGAGCUCGGUAACGAAGUGGUUGCCCUGGUUACCCCGGCGGCAGGGCCAGGGUUGAAGAAGAAUGCUGAGACAGGACUCAUAGACAAUACGAUAGACUCUGGAAACUCGGCUGCGCAGCUGCCUCAGAAGAACAUACUGGAGAGAAAAGAAGUGCUUAUAGCUGUGAUCGUGGGUGGGGUCGUAGGAGCUCUCUUUGCUGCCUUCCUGGUGAUGCUGUUGAUCUACCGGAUGAAAAAGAAAGAUGAGGGGAGCUAUACAUUAGAAGAGCCGAAACAGGCGAGCGUCACCUACCAAAAACCUGACAAGCAGGAGGAAUUUUAUGCAUAAAAACCACCAGUGCCUCGCUGUUUCUUUGUCUCAAUGCCGUCCUUUCUCUCUUAUUCUCACCCAGCCUCUUUCUCUAUUUCUAAUCCGUCUGUGAAAUUUUAACAAGGAGGGUAGAAGAAACCUCUAGUGUUUAUCACACCUUUUUUUAAAAAAAAAAAUAGGAACAGCCGAAUCAUGUUCCAGCACAGGAAGCAUUCAAAGGACUUAACCGUGCGAAAAGCCAAACAGGUCGCAAUCUCAGUUACCCUCUGGGCGUCUCCUUGGUUUGGUGCUUGAGUUAGCCCCUUGGCUGGUUUUUUAGCAAUGGGACGUCCAAGACUAACACCUCCUUGAGAAUGCAUUGACUUUCUUGUAUGAGGUGGUCCGUGUGAUUUCUGGCGCUUGAUGAUACUCUUGUGGACAAGAGUGUCACGUAUCACUAUCUACUUUGACUUCCAAGGCAAGGAGAUUAACAUCCUGCCUGCUCGUGGAGUGCCCCAAGCAGAAUUGCUCUGGAGCUGGGCCUUUGGAUUACUUCAUUGGAGAACUUGCAGGCUGUGGAAGACAUUCAACCAGCAUACCUUGCUUUCUGCCAGCACACCUCUUGUUACUGUCCCCGUUUCGCAGCUGCCUGAUGCAAGAUCUAAGCAAAAAGAGGGUUUUAGUUCAACUCUGAACCUAGAUUUGUUUGUCUGGGUUUCACUGUGACAUUUCAAAAGUCUCCUAGCACAGGCUUGUGGGCUCAGGCAGACAAAUGAGCAACACUUUUCCAGAGAAUUACUGUAGAAAAGGAGAAUAGAUGCUUUAAAAAGGCAUGCUGUCGGAAGCCUUAUAGAAGGAGAAAAGAAAAUGUUACACAUCUCAGCCAGCUUGUUUGGCUGUUUCCUCCUUGGACUGGGUGGCAGGGCGUGGGGAGGGGGGAGGAGGAAGCAUAGCACAGGGAUACAGCAGAAAAAUGUGAGCCUAUGACAUGCUUCAACAAUGAAUGUGUUCCAUAUAACAAUGUAUAUAAAUAGAGGUGGGUAAAGAUGUGAUAAAGUAUGUAGACAGCUGCUCGAGAAACUUGUAUUUUCCUCCCAGGUCGUAAUUAAUUGAUUGGCAUCUGUCUGGGCAGGAUGUCCACAUUUCAAUGAAUUUGUCCUGUAGUUUUCAAGUAGUUCAACACUGCAUUGGCAACUUGGAUGAGGGAGGAGGUGGGUUUGUAGAUAAUACACAAGUACGACUUGAGAGCAGGGUUAAAAUUCGACACGAUGCAGAUGAACCAGUGCUUUGGUUUGUACGCAAUAAAAUGGAAUCAAUGAAAGACAACUGUUAGCUAUUACAUAUUCUCAGUUAAACCCAAGUGUGCAGAUACAACAUACGCUGUUGAAAAGAAGCCUGGAGCAGAACAACAAUUUGUGCUUUGAUUCUGCAACCCAGGUGCAGAAAUGGCAAAUCGCCAAUGCAAGUUGUGUCAGCUAAAGUAUUGGGUUUGAUCCAAAGACGCAGGAGGAGUCAUCGUGGAAGCGGAGAGCCCCCUCUGGAUCCAGCCCAUUGCAUGACUCCACUCCAGCCAACUGUACGGUCAUCUUGACUGAAGAACUAUGACCAGUUUGGGAAAGGCAUUAAGAGCUAUAAUGCACUGGGUAUGAUUCCAAGUUGCAAAACAAAGGAGGUCAUGUGCUUGCUACAAAUAUUACAAACAGGAGAAGUGGAAAUCACAAUUUGACAAAUAGAUGAUCAUUCACUCCUUUAGGGAUGUUGCUUGCAAGAAGCUGUGAAAGGCAAGAGAAAACUGAGUUUUGAGUUGCUUGGUAUCAUUUUUUAAAAUUUAAAUAAUGAUAUCCAACUUUUCUCUCCCUUGGGAACCCAGAGUGGCUUACAACCUCGUUCUCCCCUUCUCCACUUUAUCAUCACAGCAACAGCCCUGUGAGGUAGGGUUAGAUAGAGGUACAGACCCAAAGCCACUCAAUGAGCUUUUAUGGUGGAGAGGAGGAUUUCAACCUGGGUCUCCUACUCCAACACUCUGUGCUUACACUGGAGACCAAAACAGAAUUGUGUCAGGAUUCUGCAUUUGUGCAUCAUGUGAAACUGUAGUUAAGAAUAACUCAGAUUUAGAAACUCACUUCAACAUAGCUCCUGGUUUGAAUAAUAAUAGUGGAAUGUUCCCAUGUUCAAAACUCACCAUAAUUAGUCUGAUUCAUGGUUCCGCACAAUGUCUAAACUGAGUUUGUAGGUACAGGUGGGAGGGAAAAAAUGUGGGUGUGGGCUAGCUAUUUUCCAGUUGUAUAUAAGUCCAACAUAGAAAGAAGAUGCAGAAUUAAUUUACAGUAACAGAAGAUAUUUAUUUAGCUUAGAUGCCAAGAAACAUUCAGGGAGUUCAAUCAGAUCUCUGGAGUUGGUUUUUUAAAAAAAGAAAUGGCACAAGCGUUUGUUGAAAAUGACUAAAGCAGAUAACCUAUAACGUUGGAACACAAAAAUAAAAAGAAGUUAGGUUAACUUUUAUUUCUAGUAUGAAAUCAAGCAAAGGAUGAAGCAGAGGAAUGUAACCGUGUGAUGGGCUUUAAAGGUACCUAAAGAAGAGGAACUCCAUCCCAAUCUGAGACACAUGCACUCGCACACACACACACACAGUGCCAUCAGUCCAAACCACCAUGUGCCAACACAGCUACAGCUCUUCCACUAACAGAGAAUGGGAUGGGGAAUAUGGAUGGCAUUUUGCCUUCUGACACAUUGAAGACAGGAAAUUGGUUGAAAAGGGCUGUUGCGUCUCCUACAGAACAGUUGCUAUGUUGCCUUUGCUCAGCUGGCUUCCUGCUUCAGCAUCUUUUAUACAAACCUUGCCACGGGCUGUAGGAACUAGCAUCAGGCCCGGCUUUCAAGAUAACCCUCGACUCAUUCCAACCAGUUGCAUGUUGCUUGGUCUUAGAAAUAACCUUCCUAUAGGAUGAGUCUGUUCUCGUAGCCAUUGGUGGUGAAGUGAAACCUGCCCUGUUCAUGUUUUGCAUUGGCUAUUUCCCAUCAUAAAGAAAGGAACUCCUUACUAAUGAAGCCAUCUGGCUAUGCUAGUCCCCAAACAUGUUCUCAAUUAAAACUUUCUUAAUUAUAUAGCUGUAGAACUUCAUGGCCAUUCUUUUUGGGGGCUAGGUGUCGCACAAGUCCCUUCGGAUGCUGAGCUGUCGUCCCCUGGUGGACGCCUUCCUUUCUGGAGUUAGGCUACCUCCAUCAAACAAAGACUUCCUUUUUGGAUGAGAUGCCUGCUGUCUAUUACUUUCUGCUAGUUUUACACCAGUUGCCUCAUGUAUGGGAACUGGGAAAUGAGACUUGUGAAAAGCUAGUUGGUUUUUAGUAGUUUGUGAACAGUGAAUUGAGAAAAGACUUAUGAGACAGACUAGCAGAUCUCACUGAACUAUUAGUGCAGAAAAAUAAAUGGGUAGUCGAAAUAGUAAUAAAAUAAAGUCUUGUGAGUGUGAUGAGGAAAUUAAAAAAAAACACCCCCAAAACAAAACUCUCUUUCAAGGUCUUGAUAACAUGAAUCCAGUUCUCUGUUUAUGAAUGCAAACAUUUUUAUCAGGCUGUUGCUACACCUACUACACUUGUGAGAAUUGGGGAGAGUCUGUACAGUCCAUGACUCUAGGGAAUUUAAAGUGUUUUCGUAUGAGAUUUAAUUGUGUUUGCACCCAUGAGGAAAUACCUUAUCACAACUGUGGAAAGGACGUUUGGGGUUUGUUUGGGCUUCAUCACGUGGUUGCUCAUUUGUAUAAAACAAGUCCGGUUAAGUGUACCCUUGCCAUAGCUUGUUUCAGAAAGCAUUUUCGGGCAUCCACCUUCAAUGCUCAAAACAAGGGAAUUUUGUAAAAAUGCAUGAUGGAGCACAUUCUCUCCUGUUGAUUCCCCUCCAAGCAACAAAACUUUAUUUUUGCAGAGGGGGCUAUGCUGGUGAGCAUUGCUCAGUAAAUAUAGGCUCUUUGUGAGACCUCUUGUUAAUGGGAUAUUAUAGAAUCAGGGUUGGAAGGGACCUCUAGGGUCAUCUAGUCCAACCCCCUGCACAAUGCAAGAAAUUCACAAAUACUCCCCCCCCACACCCUCAGUGACCCUUACUACAUGCCCAGAAGAUGGGAAAUAAAUGUUGCAUUCUUCCUGGUUGUUGUUUCUUGACUGGGAGUAGUUUUUGUAGUUUUCUGUGCCUCCUGAAUGGCAUUGGGAGGCAGGGGGAAAAUGUGUGCCAUCAAGUCGUAGCUGACUUAUGGCAACCCCUGCUGGGGUAAUUCAAGGCAAGAGACUAACAGAGGUGGUUUGCCAUUGCCUGCCUCUGCAACCCUGGUCUUUGUUGGAGGUCUCCCAUCCAAUUACUAACCAAGGUUGACUCUGCUUAGCAUCUGAGAUCUGAUGAGAUCAUGGUUGGGAGGCAAAAAGAAAAUGACAAACCCCAUUUUCUGAGCAGUAAAUAAUGCCCAUGAUAGAUAGAAUUGGUAUUGCUGGUUAAUGAGAAGCUCUCAAGUCUCUCCUUUGACUAGCAAGCCCUUCUUGCCCCGGUUACUCCCCACUCCUUUUUUAGAGAUGGUGUUUAGGGAGGCUGUAUAGCAAAGUUAAACCCAUUUCAGAUUUACCUGUUACAGAUGCAGAUUUACUUACUACUUUAGAUGAUAUAAAAAUGGGCUGGCAGAAACAUCUCUGCACUGUCUGUGGUGGUGCUCACCACAACACAGUGGGACAGUUCAAGAAAAAUUGACAAGAAUGGCAACCAUUUAUAGCACAAAGGUACCCAUCAAAGUUACGCCUCAGUGUACAGGUCUCUGUGACUUUUUCCUGCUAACCUGGGAUUGAUUUUGAUCUCUUUUUUGGUUCUGUGAAAUAUGGAGGCAAGGCCUCUUAACAGGAUGUGUCAAGAGAAUGGCUAAUUAGAAUUUAAAAAUGUUGAUGAAGCAUAGUGCCCAACUUAGAGAUUGACAUUUCCAUAUGUUAGACCCUUGUGCAAGUCAUGUGUCCAAAUGCACAUCUCUGGUGGACUGCUCCAUCUAUUGAAACGAACGAUAAAAUAGGGCUGAGAUACUUCGUGACCCUAAUCUUGGAUCACAUCACUGGGCUGGAGUUAUAUUUUAAUAAAUUAACACCAAAGACUUGCAUUUGCUGGCCCUUUGAGGGCAAAAAUACAUCAGAAAAUGUCUUCUGAAUUCAAAAUCACUUCUGAAGAGUCGAGAUGGAUAGCUGUGUUGCUCUGUCUGUAGAAGUAAAAGACCAUGAAUCCAGUAGCACCUAUAAGACUAAUAAAAUUUGUGGUAGGGUAUGAGCUUUCAUGAGUCACAGCUCACUUCUUCAGAUCUGAAGGGCAAACCGUAUGUAUUAGAGAUCCAUAACUGGAAACCUAAUGGGUUUUAGGUCCUAAACAACUACCUCUAGGAGGUGUGAUAUGAAUCAAGGAAGUAGUGCUAGGGAAGAGGAGGGUUAACUUUCCCCCAUUCUUUAAUUGAAAUUGUACUAUGGCCUGCUUUUAGAUGUGGUAAAGGAAAAAGACAGGCUCCUCCACUAUGCCUGUCAUUUUCCUCUUUCCCCCUAACAGUGCUAAAAGGAGCUGGGGGAGGGUGUGUGUGUCUCAGUUUGGGAAAUGACAUAGAAAGAGGGUUUUUAAAAAUAUAUAUCUUCCUAGUGGAAAAACCCUGAUCUUUAUUUCUCUCCACCUCUGGCUACUUUUUGAGGUCCAAUUACAUGUUUGCGAUCCAAUUGGAGAUCUUCACAUUAAAUUUUUCUUUAUUUAAACUAUAAACUACACACCACAACACAAUAAACAAGAUCUUGAGCAUCUUGUAUAGUAGUUGUUAUCAAGGUCAGGACAGUGAGUGAGUGAAAACAGCUUGUGGAUACUUCACCUGUGUGUUAAAAGAACUGUAUACCACCCACAACCAGUUUGGGUGGUAGGUAAUAAAAGUCGUACACAAUUGUUUAAACACUCCUCUAAAGCGGGCAUGUCUUGAUGCUGCAAAUUGUAUUUCGAUAGCUAUUAGAGGGAGAAAAAAUAGAAAAUGCAAUUCACAAUUCGAAUUCUACCGGAGUUACUGAGUGAUUCCGCACACGUUGGAUAAUGCACUUCCAGUCCUCUUUAUAGAUCAUUUGGAAUGGAUUUUUUCAUGUGCGGAACAAAAAAUCAACCUCAAACGAUUGAUAAAGUGCAUUGAAAGUGCAUUAUCCAACGUGUGUGGAAUCAGCCACUAUUUAGGCUUUAGAAAUCAUAUGCUGCAUCUCUUUUAAUCAAUCAAUAGCGUGGCAAGAAGUUUAUUCAUUUUCGAAAUACUGAAAUGUCACUAUUUCAGGCAAAUCCCUUCAUUGUGCGACUAUCCCUAACAAAUGUUACAUUUCAGCCGGGUUGAGAUACCUUCCUGGAAAACCUUUCAAAAUCAGGCUUCCAGUAUUGACUCAGAUGGGGUGAGGGGCAGAAGAAAGGAGGAGGAAAAAAACCUGUAGUGUUUUUUAAGACUUUAAAUAUAUCCAGCAGGUAGAAAGGAGAAGAGAGAUAGUGAACACCUCUCUUGUAGACAUCUCUAGUAGGCAUAUAAACUCUCUCUGAAAGCUGCAGGACUUUUCUGGACAAUGUGAUCAGUAAUCUGGAUUGUCAGGAAUAAUUUGGGGAGAGGCUGUGCCAGAGCAUGUGUGUUGCUUGCAGAAAGCCCCUGGUAUGUCCACAUAAAGGAUCUUAGAGCAGAAACACAAGUGACAAAAGGCACAGAUUGGACACUUGUCAGCUUCCCUCAAGUUUUGAUGGGAAAUGUAGGCAGCUUGGCGGAAUGUUGGACAAGUGACAGUUGACAGAGAGUGAAGC